AUGGCCUACGAUCCAGACGAUUUCGAAAAUAACAACCCCUUUGCCGAGCCAGAGGAGCACAUCACACCUGUCAAUGUGGGCACCAUCAACAAUCAUGCUUCAGACUCUCAAUCGUUAGAUCUGGAAAAUGUUGAUCACGAUAUUUCGGUGAGUUUUCUGCAAGAGCAAGGGCAGGUGGAGCAUGAAAGCAAAGGUCAAAUUAAAAGGACGGAAAGUGGUAGAUUGGUGGAGGAGGAUCUUCGAAAACUUCUACCUGAGAGAUUCACAAGAAAGUAUCUGAUGAGAAUACAUCUAAGAGAUAUCGAGGAUAAUAAGCCAAACAAUCCAAUUCUUCGUUUUGAUGCUUACGUGAGAGGUUUACCAAAGUUUAGGGAUCAAGUAUACAAGGAUAUACGUCGAACAUACAACGAAGUGCGCAAGUUCAAUGAAUACUUGAUAGUGUCUAAUCUUGAAGUGUUCGUUCCAGUUAUACCAAGUCUGGUCACUUCAUAUCCCUCUGGUGGUGAAGACGAAAAGAAGCAGCUUAUGUACAACUGGUCGGAAUGGUUCAACAGAAUUGCUCUGAACCCAAUUUUGAUACGAGACGAAGAGUUCGUAUACUUCAUCGAAAGUGAUUUCGGGUACUCAGUCAUAAAUACAGAACGCAAACAGCUGGUCGCCACUGGGCUUAUGCGUAAGACUAUGAAACAAUUAAACAACCCUUAUGACCCUUAUCAAGAGCUCGCCACGUUUAGACCCAUGAUCAAGUCAGCAUACUUGCUUUGUCAGAGAUUAAACAAAACUAUGGAGAAACAUCAAAAGCUCGAGAAGCAGCUUCUGGCAAGUAUGAGUGAAUUGGGCACUAAACUAAAGGGACUUUCUCAAUUCGAGACCGUUCAUCCAGGUAUGAGAAACUUAUGGGAGAAAGUCGCAAAAGUCACCCAGUAUCAAGCUGAUUUACUUCUCCUAAAGCUGAUAAUGGAUAUGGGUGUUCUUGGCGAUGGUGCAAAAGCUUUUAGUGCUGACUUCUAUGAGAUUAAGGAAGCGCUCACGAACCGUUAUCUUAUAAUGAGAGAGCUUAGUCAAGCUGAGGCUCAAACAAAGGCGAAGCACUCUCAAGCGUCCAAGAUCAAGAAUAAAGCCUCCUUGGAUCCUAUACGUGCAGAAGAAGCGCUAAAGGUGCUUGAAUAUGCUCAAAAAGCUGAGGAAAGCCUACAUAUGCAAGUGAAGCGGAUAUCAGGAGAGAUGAUGUUUGAAAGAAAGGAGGUGAUCGACUUCACGGAGAAGAAAAUGAAAAAACUUCUUAAGCAGUUCACUCUCAACCGUGUUGACCAGCAUCGUAAACUUUUGAACAAUUUGGAGACUAUCCGACUUGACGUGAGAAUUAUAGAUGAAAAUGGAGGACUCUCACGUCUCAACAGGGAGCAUCUCAACCAGAUGAAGCACAACCUAGCCCAAUCACAGGCAGCGAACGAGGAUUUGUGGUCAUCAAGACUGUUCAGGAGUCUAACCAAAGAGCAGCUUGAAAGAGAGGAAGCAAUAAGGAAUAAAGGAGACUUGGAUGUUGGAUCUCUAGAUGCGAAAAAAGCAGCGUCUUUACUUGGAACCGCAACAUUUUGA